UCGGGUGACAGCUCGGCACAAAGCGGCUUGGCUGGGGUGCAGACUGCCUUUCCCCGCGUGUGCAGCGCCCCUCGCCCGGGUUGGAGGUGGACGGGUGCGCCGGGGGCUGCCCGCUCCCUCCCCGGAUUGGAAAGGAGAUUUUCUGAAACAAUGGCCACCCCGCGGAGGAGGACCAAGAAAAAAGCAUCUUUUGAUCAUUCUCCAGAUAGCCUGCCUUUGAGGAGCUCCGGCAGGCAGGCCAAGAAGAAAGCGCCGGAGACCACAGACGAGGAUGAGGACGGCAGCUCGGAGAAGAAAUACAGGAGAUGCGAGAAGUCGGGCUGCACCGCAGCGUGUCCCGUCUGCUUUGCAAGUGCGUCGGAAAGAUGUGCCAAAAAUGGCUACACGUCCCGAUGGUAUCACCUGUCCUGUGGGGAGCAUUUCUGUAACGAGUGCUUUGACCAUUACUACAGAAGCCAUAAGGAUGGAUAUGAUAAAUAUAAUACCUGGAAAAAAAUAUGGACUAGCAACGGGAAAACCGAGCCUAGCCCCAAAGCUUUCAUGGCGGACCAGCAGCUCCCGUACUGGGUUCAGUGUACAAAGCCUGAAUGUAGAAAAUGGAGACAACUUACCAAGGAAAUCCAUCUCACUCCACAGAUAGCAAGGACUUACCGAUGUGGUAUGAAAUUGAAUUCUGCUACUGUUAAGCCCGAGACCACAGAUCAUUGUUGCCUUCCAGAGGAUCUGAGAGUGUCGGAAGUUUCCAACCAUUGGUGGUACUCCAUGCUCAUCCUCCCUCCUCUGCUGAAAGACAGCGUGGCGGCGCCCCUGCUCUCUGCCUACUACCCGGACUGCGUGGGCAUGAGCCCGUCCUGCGCCAGCACACACCGCGCGGCCGGCAGCUCCAGCCCCGGCAAGCUGGAGCCCUCCAAGGCCGUCCCCUCCGCGCUGGCUCCAGGCAUGAACCGGUACUUCCAGCCUUUCUAUCAGCCCAACGAGUGCGGCAAAGCGCUGUGUGUCCGGCCGGACGUGAUGGAGCUGGAUGAGCUCUACGAGUUCCCGGAGUAUUCCCGAGACCCCACCAUGUACCUGGCACUGAGGAACCUCAUCCUUGCCCUGUGGUACACCAACUGCAAGGAAGCUCUGACACCUCAGAAGUGUAUCCCUCACAUCAUCGUCCGAGGCCUCGUGCGCAUCCGAUGUGUUCAGGAAGUGGAGAGGAUACUUUAUUUCAUGACAAGAAAAGGUCUCAUCAACACAGGGGUCCUCAACGUCCCCACUGACCAGCGUCUUCUUCCUAAAGAUUACCACAACAAAUCAGUCAUCAUUAUCGGGGCUGGUCCGGCAGGAUUAGCAGCUGCUCGGCAACUGCAUAACUUUGGAAUUAAGGUGACUGUCCUGGAAGCCAAAGACAGAAUCGGAGGCCGAGUGUGGGAUGACAAAUCCUUCAACGGCGUCACGGUGGGAAGAGGGGCGCAGAUCGUCAAUGGCUGUAUCAACAACCCGGUAGCACUCAUGUGUGAGCAACUUGGCAUCAGCAUGCAUAAAUUUGGAGAGAGAUGUGACUUAAUUCAGGAAGGUGGAAGAAUAACUGACCCCACUAUUGACAAGCGCAUGGAUUUUCAUUUUAAUGCUCUCUUGGAUGUGGUCUCUGAGUGGAGGAAGGAUAAGACUCAGCUCCAAGAUGUGCCCCUAGGAGAAAAGAUUGAGGAGAUCUACAAGGCCUUCAUCCAGGAGUCCGGCAUCCAGUUCAGUGAACUUGAACAGCAGGUGCUGCACUUCCACCUGAGUAACCUGGAGUACGCCUGCGGGAGCAGCCUCCACCAGGUGUCGGCUCGCUCCUGGGACCACAACGAAUUCUUUGCUCAGUUUGCUGGUGACCACACUCUGCUAACACCAGGCUACUCUGUGAUCCUUGAAAAGCUGGCGGAAGGACUGGACAUUCGGCUCGAGUCUCCGGUGCAGAGCAUUGAUUAUUCAGGGGAUGAAGUGCAGGUGACCAUUGCGGAUGGGACAGUGUGUACAGCACAGAAGGUGCUGGUCACUGUCCCCCUGGCCCUACUGCAGAAAGGUGCCAUUCACUUCCACCCGCCGCUGUCGGACAAGAAGAUGAAGGCCCUCAACAGCUUAGGAGCCGGCAUCAUCGAGAAGGUUGCCCUGGAGUUCCCGUACAGAUUUUGGGACAGUAAAGUUCAAGGGGCGGACUUUUUUGGCCACGUCCCGCCUAGUGCCAGCAAGCGGGGGCUUUUCGCCGUCUUCUAUGACAUGGACCCCCAGAAGCAGCAGAGCGUGCUGAUGUCGGUGGUCGCCGGCGAGGCCGUGGCGGCCGUCAGGACCCUGGACGACAAGCAGGUGCUGCAGCAGUGCCUGGCCGCCCUCCGGGAGCUGUUCAAGGAGCAGGAGGUCCCCGAGCCCACGAAGUAUUUCGUCACUCGGUGGAGCAUGGACCCCUGGAUCCAGAUGGCCUACAGCUUCGUGAAGACAGGCGGGAGCGGCGAGGCCUACGACAUCCUGGCCGAGGAAGUGCAGGGGACGGUCUUCUUCGCCGGCGAGGCAACAAACAGGCAUUUCCCACAGACUGUUACGGGGGCCUACCUGAGCGGGGUUCGGGAAGCAAGCAAGAUCGCGGCGUUCUGAACGGACUGUGGGUGCACCCAGCUCUCUCCGGAGACCAGACGGUAACGUUUGAAACACACGUCAAACCUCACGUUCAUGAACUCAAGACACGGAAUCCUCCCGAGAGCAUUACCCCUGGGGUCCUUCUGUAAGCACUUCUAGUCCCUUUUGUUUUCCCCAGGCGUGGCCGAGGCAGUCUUUAACCUUAAAUUAAGCGAGGAGUUCUUCCCUGGUUGGAGAUUCCCUUCAAAUUCUGACAUUUUGUUUCGUGCCUCAGUUUUCAAACACUGAGAAACCAAGCGGCAAUUAAAAAACCAGAUAAAGCCAUGUAUUUUUCUUCCGUCAGUUCAUCAGUUCCCUUUGCCAAUGAGCCUUAAGAUUUUUAUAUAGCUCCAAAAUUGAGCUUUUACUUAAAAUUUAGAUAGAAACCUUUCCCUUUCAGAUACAGCACAGACUCUUCAGUUAAAAGUAAAUGAAGCUUCUAGACUAUUUUAUAUUGUACAUAUUUCCUUCCACUGGGUAUUCAAAAGAAAUUUAAAAUCCAGGGAUCUUUUGUGAGGACACAUUUCAGACUCGUGCUCUCAUUGGCGAACAACAAACUUCUCAAUCCCUUCAGAACAGGCACCGUGUGCAUCAGCCCGGCCUCGAGCUGGCACCGGCUUCCUGGGCCCAAGGAGAACGUGGCCGUUCUUCUCGGAGCCGCCUCUGGCCGCACGGCACACUCCUGGUCGCCUGAAUUUUGGCAACCACUUGCAAAAAGAUCUUGUCAGAAUACUUUAAUUAAAAAAACCUCUCUCUACUGCCUCUUUUUAAAAUAACAGAUUCAAUCUCUAGGAAUAUUUUUUACAGCAUUAUGUUUUCAGUAUUCCAUAGGCAGGUCCACUGGAAAACUGCAGAAAAAUGUGAGAUUUCCUGGUAAAUACUACACAUUUAUUUAAAGCCAUAUCUUAAAAGCUGGAGGACAUGGCACAUACUUACUUUUUCCUUGUUCCCCGUAAUGGCAAAAGAAUUCAGUGACCCUGGUUUCAGGGACUUCAGGAUGCUUAUCUUGCCAAGAAGUUAGAAGAGCGUAUGGUAAUUUAAAUGCUUUUGUUUUAAAAAGUCUGAAUGGUUCUUUCAAUUAUAUUAGUGUUAAAAGAAAAAGGGUCUUAAAAGGACUUUGAAGAAGUUUUUCAAAAUAUUAGAUAUUUUUAAAAUUUAAAGUCAGCUUGUCAGUAGAAAUAAGAGUUUUAUGCAAACUUUAAGGAGUUGACACCUUCCUCCUCAUCAGAGUAUGAUACAAACACAAGAAAGCAAACAGCAGUCAAUUGAUUUCAAAGUUGGGUUAACACAGGAAAAUAUUGGUAGAUUAUUCGAUGAGACUCCUUGUACUGACUGGGAAGUAUUAGGCUUUAAAAAUGUAAAGACUAGCAUGUGUUUAGUGAUAAAUGCAAAAUAUUUUAAGUUUGAAAUGGUUCACAGUUAGUCUCUGGGCACUAAAACUUGUGCUGUGCUGCAAGCAAAGUAAGGAGAAUCCUUGGUAGCUCAAGCGCAGUGACUGUGUAUUUAAUAGUUUCCUGUCCCAAGUGACAGCUUUUUGUUCUUUCAGGAGCCAUGGUACUUUUCUUUUCUUUGAAUGUUUUUCACGGUUUGAAUAUUUUGUAAUGGAAGAGCAGUGACUACACAAUGCUUUAACUGCAGACUGUGAACAGCUGGUUGUGGAAAACUGCUUAAUAAAACCUAGACUUGUUUUUCAAAUA